UUGGCGUUCGGCCUGAGUUCACACUUGUAGUUUCUUCACUCACUGGAAUUUUCCUCAUAUGGCGCUCUGACAAUAGCGCAGGUGAUUUCCGCAUGAGUGACUUUCAGCGGAAGGUGGUCAACGUUCCAGGUCCAAAGUCAACAAACAGCCAUAGCCUCAAGAUGAGGGAUCCUAUCAGCACCUGCUCUUAUAACCAACUGUAUCAAAAUGUGAAGCGCUUCUCUAAAUCCGGGGAGAAUUUCUGCAAAGAGCUCAUGGCAGUUUUUCAGCAAAGGGCUGAGCUGGAGCUGACGUACGCGAAAGGACUGCAAAAACUCGCCAGCAGACUCAUCCGGGCCUCCAAAGGAAUGUCAGACAAUUCCACCUACAGCGCCUGGUGUCAUGUGUCAGAUGAGAUGUACUCAAGAGCAGACGCCCACAGAUCAUUAGGAAAUGCUUUUCAACAAGAGGCAAUCCUGGAAAUACGACAAGUCUUAGACGAGCAUAAUAAGAGGAAGAAGCCUCUCGACAGUGCCAUUGACAGAACUGGAAAGCUAGUCACUGCUAACUGGAGUGAUCAACUCAAGAUAAAGAAGAAAUUAGUCGGACUAACGAGAGAACACGAGGCUCUGUUCAACUUUGUUGACAACAACGCUCACAUUAGCACACAAAAGGAAAAACAAAAGAUGCUGAACAGGAUGACUAAGUCUGCAGAGGUGCAGUCACGGGUGGAUGACGAGUACUUUCAUAUUAACAUGGAGGGUCAUCAGAUGAGACUCAAAUGGGAAAACACACUGAAAAACUGCUACCAGAUCAUACAGGAGCUGGAGAAGCAGCGAAUCGAAGUCCUGUGCAACAUCUUGAGCAGAUACAACCUCCACAUGUCCGGUUUCGGCCAGACCCUCAAACACGGCCAAAGACAGAUAGAACUGCUGGUCCAAAAGGUGGACAUGGAUAAAGACAUCCAGAUGCUGUUGGAGGAAAACAGAAUCACAGCCGACGACAACACAGCAGAGUUUUUGAUGGCUGAUUAUUUCGAGGAGGACAGCAAAUCGUUGAUGGGCAGAGAGCGACGAAGCGAGGCCAUCAAAGUCAAACUCCAGCGUCUGGAGGACGGCAUUACGAGGACAAAGAAAGACUGUGAAGGAAUUGAAAAGCUGAUGAAAACGUACUCGGAGAAUCCCUCGUUCUCAAACCAGAAGAACCUCGAAGAGACUGAGCAGCAGCUGGAUGAGUGUUCUCUAAAACUGGAUCUGCUCGAGGCCACUCACUACAAACUCUCUGUGUCACUCUCGGAACUGGAGGGAAAACCCAAGUCCUUUCACCGAUUCAGUGACAGCAUCGUGAAGUGGAAAGAUAAAGACUGCGAGCACAGUGUGGUUCAGCUGACGCGUCAAGUCAAGCUCAGGAGGACGCCAUUCAGAUCCCGACAGUCACUGAGAGCGUCCAUCAUUUACAAAGGGCCGGCUCAGUUUGUGACACAACCGUCUGUGGAGCCGUCAGCGGGCUCCAGUGACCAGGUCACCUCCACGUCUUCAACACAUGGCAGUGAGGCUGCGGAGUGUGACAGCACAGAUAACAGAGCCCCCCCUCACACAGGUGAGGACAAACAAGAGGGUCAAACAACGGCAGUGUUCUGCAGUGUAGGAAAAUGCAAGGCUCUGUACAACUUCCAAUCUGAACAGGAAGAUGAACUGACUUUGACAGAAGGAGAUCUUCUAGACAUUUACACCAGAGAGGACAAUGGUUGGUGGUUUGGUCAACUAAAUGGAAAGACGGGACAUUUCCCAUCAACCUAUGUGGAGGAGCUGCCUGUGUUAGACAGCGUCCAAUCAUCUGAUGCCUAAAUAUAUAAAAAAAACUAAAAAGGAACCAUGAAUUGACGAUUCACUUCUACGAUGCACGGCAAAGAAAUGGAAGAGACGUCUUUUAACAAAUCACGUUCCCCUCCAUGUAGUGACUUAAUGAUAUUCAUUGUUUUUAAAAUCAUUAAUAAAUCCAAUUGCACUCAGUUUGAUGACACACCUUCCAUUGCUGAUUUUUGUCACAGUUUCUUUUUGUUAUUUUUGUAUUGUUGUUAGAAUUUCUCAUUAUUUAAGCCACAUGAAAUGCAAGCGAAGUGAAUUACUGUUAAAAAAAAAUGUCUGUGUUUUAAUAAUGGAACACAGGAAAAUAAAAAUAUACUGAAAAAGGAGUAAAUACAUUUAAAAAUAAAUGAAAACAUAUCAAUAUGUGAAUUUUCAAUUAUUUUCCCGGAACCUACCUGUACUUAAGAUCCAUAGACACAAACAUUUGAUAAUGUGUUGUUUACAGGUCUGUAGAUACAGAUUAAAAACUGUCUUUACAAAAAGA